GCACCGCCCUCCAAACGGUGCAGAACGACCCCCGAAGGGCCGGGGUGGCCCCCGCGAGCAAGGGUGUCUGCGACGGGACGGCAGCCUGGGCCGACGAUCCGCUCGGUGAUGGUCAUUGGUCCCCAGAACAGGAAUGGAAGAAAUACUGGUCCAGGAAGCAGAAGGAUCACCAAGGGUCCAAUUUCAGUCUCUGGAGACCCAGUCUGAGGGUCUGUCCCCAGAGCCUCAGUUCCUGCAGGACACCGACAUGGAACAGGGACUCACUGGGGGAUUUCCAAUUUCCAAGCCUGAUGGGAUCUCUCAACUGGAACAAGAUCUACAGGUCUUUGAUCUGGAAACAAAGAAUAGAGAAGUCCUAAGAGAUGACUGCUCAGAUGCAGAAACCAGAGAAGAGAACAAGCUGUUGAUUCCUAAGCAGAACAUUUCAGAAGUACAUUCAUGCAAAGCAAGAGUAGGAAGACUCAAAAAGGAUAUCACCCAAAUUCCUGAGACUAGAGACGUAUAUAAACCUGAGGACAGAUUAGAAAGGCUUCAGGAAAUCCUAAGGAAAUUUCUGUUCCUGGAGAGAGAGUUUAGGCAAAUAACAAUCAGCAAGAAAACUUUCACCAGUGAGAACAAUGAAUGUAAUGAACCUGAGAAAAGCUUCAGUCUGGAAUCUACCCUUAAUACAGACCAGAGAGAUCUUAGAAUACAGAACAUUGAUGACAUUGAUAAGUAUGACAUGAGCCUCAACCAGAAUUCAGCUGCUGAGAAACACGAACAAGUAAAUCUAACCCAGGAUUUUCAGAAUAGUGACUAUAAGGAAAGCUUAAUGGAGCUCUCCCACCUUACUAAAUGUGAGAGCAUUCCCACCACUGAGAAAUCCUAUAAAUGUGAUGCAUGUGAGAAAAUCUUCCAUCAGAGCUCAGCUCUUUCUAGACAUCAGAGAAUUCAUACUAGAGAGAAACCCUACAAAUGUAAAGAAUGUGAAAAAUCUUUCAGUCAGAGCUCAAGUCUUAGUCGGCAUAAAAGAAUACAUACUAGAGAAAAACCCUAUAAAUAUGAAGCAUCUGAUAAGUCCUGUGAAUCAUCUGAUAAAUCUUCUAGUCAGAGCUCAGGCAUAAUUCAGCAUAAGAGGAUUCACAGCAGAGCAAAAUCUUAUAAAUGUAGCAAUUGUGAAAGAGUCUUCAGUCGUAGUGUUCACCUUACUCAACAUCAGAGAAUUCACAGAGAGAUGCCCUGUAAGUGUACUGUAUGUGGCAUUGACUUCUACCAUACCUCAUACCUUGUUGAACAUCAGAAGCUUCACUGUGAAGAGAAAGCCUAUGAAUACAAUGAAUGUGGGAUGACCUUUAUUAAACCUCAAGGAAUUCAUCUCAGAGAAAAGCCCUAUACAUGUAAUGAAUGUGGAAAAGACUUCAGAUUGAAUUCCCACCUUAUUCAGCAUCAAAGAAUUCAUACACGAGAGAAAACACAUGAAUGUAAUGAAUGUGGAAAAGCUUUCAGUCAAACCUUAUGCCUUAUUCAGCAUCACAAAAUUCAUAGGAAAGAGAAAUCUGAGUGUAAUGAUUAUGAGGAAAGUUUUAAUCAUAGCUCAGAUCCUGUCCUGCAACGAGAAGUCCUUACUAGAGAAAAAGCCUUUGAUUGUGAUGCAUGGGAAAAGAACCUCAGUCAGAGAGCACAAAUUAUUCAACAUCAAAGAAUUCAUACCAAAGAGAAACCUUAUGAAUGUAUUGAACAUGGGAAGACAUUUAGUCAAGUUCAGGCCUCAUUCAACAUCUGAGAGUUCACACCAGAGAGAAAUCAUGUGUGUACUGAAUGUGGUAAUUAAUACCUUCAGUCAUAGCUCAACCUUUAUUCAGCAUCAGAGGAUCUGCACCAGAGAGAAAUCUUCUGAAUGUGGUGAAUGUAGGAGAGCUAUUACUGUUUAAAUUCUGCAAACCCACACCAAUGAGAAAACCUAUGAAUAUAUUGAAGGUAAAUGCUUCAUGCUGUGUUUAUACCUUAGUUAUUGGAGGAUUCACACAGGAAUAAAAUUCCAUCACUGUAAUGAAUGUGAAAAAGCCUUCUUCAGUCAAAGAAACUACCUUGUUCAGCAUCAAAUUCAUUCCAUGCAGAAAGCCUAUGAAUGUAAUAAAUGUGUGCGUGUGUGUAUGUGAACAUUAGUCAUAUUUCAAUCCUCAUUCAACAUCAAAGAAUCCAUACCCAAGAGAAGCCACUGAUAUAGGAGUUCAAGUCUUUUUCAUCAUCAGAAUAUCUAUAACAGACCAGAAUCUGAUAUAAUUCAAAUGGAAAAAUUUACUGCAAUAUUCCUGGCUUUACUCAAACAUCAAAGUACUGGAGAGAGAAUUGUUGAUUAUUUGUAUACAAAAUUGUUAAUAUAUAGCUCCAGUCUUUCACUGCAGAGGAAUCUAGUCUGAGGAGUGACAUGGUGAAUGCAGUGCUGUUUUCUCAUGGCAUUCUUUAAUAUAAAAGGUGGUGUAAAUAACUAUGUAUACUUUAUUUAUGGAAUUCAUUUAAGCUAUUUUUAUUUUAAUAUGGCCUAUAAACAUUAUUUUCCCUGAAAUUGGUAUGUAUUAUUCACAGCUUCCCUAAGAUACUGUAUUACACCAAUGUUAAAACAUAUCAGUGUCUGGAAAGUAGCUCAUUUAGCUUUUUCUGCUGUUCUCAGCCCAGGUUCUCUCCAAAACAGAUUGUUAGACCUGCUAUUUUCUGGGGACCAUACUUCCUGUUUGUUUCUAGCCACAAUACUUGGAUGUCUGUUGAUUUCUCCAUUUUCUUAAGCACCUUCAAAUGAUGGUUUCCUGGUUUUAAGCUUUUCACCAGCAGGUAUGCUGUCCCUACUUGAUGCUGCUGUUCUGGUGUCUUUCCCAAAAUAAAGUGUUUUCUUUUAAAAGAAUUGGAUUUCCACAUCCUGUUCACCCAUGAGUAUGAAGGAUUCUGGUUCCCCUGAAUUUAUGGCAGGCAGCUAAACAUUUUUAAGUGAUGCCCAAGCACUUAGCUGGCUUGUCUGCAUCCACAGCCCACUAAAAAAAGAGGAUAAAGAUAUCAGGGAGCCAGCAAGACUCCUGGUGGUGUAGCUACAUUCAUUCAGCAUCCGCUCUGCAUGUCUGAGUUUAGGAUUAUUUUAUAUACUUCCACUGAAGGCCAGCAAAAUGCUUGGGUCUGCUUUUGAUAUGGCAAAACAUAAUAAAAUAUACUAAAACGUCAGGAAGCUUCAUAAGGCAGAGAGCUCAGCCUUCCAACAAAGAUAUUGCUGUUUUUAUGUAGCAUCUCAAAAGAGUGGCAGUUCUAUUCCUGAUAUUAUAAAAUUUUAACUGUUAAGAUUGCUUCUUCUCUAUUUGGAUUUUCAUGCCCAUUCACCCCUCAUCAGUCCAGGACAGCAUUUGAAGUGUGGGGGCUUUGUGUAUAAUUACUUAAUAAUUAUUACUUUUAUUUUUGUAUUUUCCUAGAGUCUACAGGCCAUAUAAAAGAACAUGAUUUUCUUGAUUGAUAAAAGUGAUCACAGAUGUUGGCUCCAGAUUUCGGGGUCACCAUCAUAACACCUAGCAACAAUUCAUGAUUCUAGGAUGAUGUCAAAGCAUUUCAUUAUAUUUUUCCAUCUUAAACUUCUUAAUAUUUUGUGAAUAAGAUAAGUGUUAUUUAAAAUUCUAGUUGUUGUCCCAGCAAUUGAGGCCUUCAUAGUUCAAAUCUCAUAAUAUUCAUGAGGCAUUCUUAAAUAUAUAAUAACUUAUUGCUUGCUAUAUAAGCAUUUUAUGGCUAACCACUAGGAUAGUUCUGCCACUAUAUUUUACCUCCUAGCCAUCGGCAAGCAUAGAUUCUAAUCAGGGCAAGGUAGAGAUUUAAAUGAUCUAAAUGUAAAAGCAAAUGAAAAUGCAUGUUUUUUUCUCCUGUCAAUGACUGUGUAUAAUCUUAUGUUUAGAGAAUAAUAGUCAACUCUGGUGAUUAUGAAACAGAGGAUUAAUUAAUCCCUAAAUAGCAGAAUAUAUAAAAAUCACAUGUAUGCAUUUGGUUUAGCAAUGUGCUUUUGUAUCUCCACUUGAAUAAAGGUUUGUUUGAUACUCUGAGAAUCUGUUUCAAAUAAAAUCUGAAGGCCUUAGCCAGAAGCAUUUGGAAAUCUUGGAAUGACCUUCCUGGCUGCAACUCAGUUCCUUCCAGAAACCUGCUUCACAACAAGAGUAGAUCACUCUCUCCUGUGUACUGAUUCUUGCUCUUCCACAGAACUCUUGAGGAAUAAAGCCUGAAUGUUUAGGACUUCACGGGUUAUUAGACUGGAUGCUUUCGUUACAUAAAAUAAGAGUAAAUCAUUUGAGGUUUGAGUAGAACUAGGCAGAAUGUGUUUUUAAAAAAAUAAACAUUUAAAAACAUUAGAAACCAAAUGUCUUUGAGGGCAAGUAACUUGCUACUUUAAGCUUGAUGAUAAUUAAUGGUCCAAUAUGAUAUGAGUUUGUGUUCUUAGUCAUUUUAGUCUUGAUGUUGGAGAGGGAAGAGAAGAAAUCUAAUAGUUAAGGGACACUUAAUUUUAUCUUCUAUCUCUCCACCCAUCUACAUGUACUGUAUGUAUGUACAUAUGCAAACUUAAUCCUCACAACAGCUCUGCAAGGGAACUAGCUUCAUUUUACAGAGGAACUGAGGUAUAGAGAGGAAAAAGAACUUGUUAAGGUUACACAGCAAGUUCAAAGUCAGGUCUGUUUGACUCCAAAACUUUCCAUCAUCAUGAAGUUGGUAUUAGACGCCAACCAGAGAAGUUUUCUUUGAUUGCUCUUAAUUUCAUCACACCCCAAUGAUUCACUAUUACCAGUCUGCAAUGGAUCCUAAAUGCUCCUAGAGCUGGGAUACUAGGAGAAAAUAUUCCAGUAUCUUUUGGGAGCUAGUCAGAGACCUACCCUACUUGAAACAGUCUUAGACAACUUUGACAAUGUCAGGCCACAGGUCAAAGCUCCCAAAUCUCCAGCCAAGCCACUCCACUCCCAUCACUAGAUUUACAUUUCCAUUUUUCAAUGUCCAAACAUGCUCUUAAUUUUUGCUUCUAUCUGGGACUUGCUGAUGGACGUGUUCUCUUACCAAGAUUUACUGUCACCUCUGGUUAUGUUACAGUGGUGGAGUAAAGUAGGUAUUGGGAAUGUCAAGUUUGAUUGCUAGGUUCUGGCUUGAGCAAGAGUAUCGAGUGAUACGGGGGAUGUUGGAAGAAGAGCAAGGAGAGUAUUUCAGGCAGGAGAGAGCAUGUCUGCAGGCCUACAGAUGAAAGAGUAUAGCAUUUUCAAGGGUAAUAAAUGAGCCCUCUGGGGAAAUGCCUCACCCUAGAAAAUAGUAUGGGGGAAACUGAUGAAGUUUAAGAGCAAAGUUCAAAAGAGACUCUCAGCAAAGCAUGAUAGGAUUCUCACAUCUAGAAAUGUAACUUCUCCUGUUCCUUCACUCAGUAGCACAAUUGCUAGAUUCUGAUAAUUCAGUGCUAGCCAAAGGAUAUAGUUAACCUAAUCAAGUGAAUGAAGCCAUCCACUGAGUAGUAAGACAAACAUUAGUUGUCCAAGCAAUCAAUAGCUUUGGAAUUAUACAUAUCUAUGUUUGGACUUAGCUGUGUGACUUUGGAAAUUUUACUUAAGCUUUUCUAGUUUUCUUGUCUAUACAAUAUGGUUAAUAACAGCAUGAAAACUAAAGAGAGAAUGUGAAAGGUGCUGGUCAUAUAAGUGCCAAAAAAUUAUUAAUAUAAAACCAAUACAAAUAGAAGACAGAUGUUUAGAUAGAAGUAUAAUCUUAAGAGGGAAUUAAUGAGCAAGCAUUUAACAGUGUAGAACUAGCAUUAUCCAGAGCAGGAUGUCCUGGGUUUGUAGAACUUACCGGUAAAUAUGAUUAGAGAAAUCAUUAGGCAUCCUGGGCCGUGGUAGAAACUGCCUCCUGAUGGGCACUCCCUAUUGGAGUCAGCAAACUGGCAUCUGUCUAUUCCAAAAUUUGUAUCAUAUGACAUCACAUUUUAAAAAUAUGAGUGCAUGAAGGAACCAUUGUUUAAUCCAAGACUGUAAGAGUGAUUUCAGUCAGAAAUCAGAUGGUGCCCUGUACAAAUUAACAAAAUAAUGCUGGAGUUUUUUAUUUUGCUGAUGCAUCCUAUUCACUCUUCACUUUUAGAAAAUGGUUAACCUCUUGUAUUUCAUUCAUGUUUAUAAAUAUACAACUUGGGCAAAAUUAGAAGUGUCUGUCUUUUUUUCUUUUC